AUGGCGGCUGAAGAUCUGGCGCUGAAAGACUACCGAACUAACGAUAAUGGGAAAAAUGAGACAUUUCCUGUCGACGUACCCAAGGAGUUAUGCAGAAUAUUCCCGCGAAUACCUCGCAGUGUUUUCCAUCUGAGCGAGACGUGGAUGGAACGCCAUUACGCAGUCAAUCAGAAGCAUACUCCUCUGGUGCAUUAUGCGUAUCAACAAGCUGGUUUGUGGUUAUUGGAUCUUCAGCACAAGAUUCAAACCCAGACAUUCUCCCAGCUGUUCAUUGAUGAGCUCUUCCAUUCCUUGUGGGAUUUGCACACGUUCAUCCAAGAUCGUUCGCUCGAAGCUGGCUAUGAGUACGGAAAAGUCUACAAGACUAUUUCGGUUAUACUCUCGGAGUUCGCUGUGCAGAUCGCUCAUCUCAACGACAGCCCGCCUACAGAUUUCCAGAGGCUAGGUAACGCUUUGAUGGAGAAACAUUGCGACAGGAAACGCGAACAAAAACUCCCAGACGUGAAUAUCUGCCCUGCUAUCGAUAACUUUAGUCAGGAGAGGCUCUUGGGUGCCGGUGGUUUCGGCGUUAUUUAUAAAGCCAAGUAUACUCCGGGAGACAUAAUUUGUGUAUUGAAGCUCGUUCCAAUGAAAAGUUUUGCUUUCCUACGGCACUCCACGGCUGAUCGCGUCGUGGCUGCAGUAACUAAUCACCCCCUCGUCGUGAAUUAUUUCUGCUGUUUUGAAACGAGUGAGAUGUCAAUCGCUGCCAUGGAGUACAUCAGGGGAGUCACCCUCGAAAAUGUUGUCAAUUUGAGCCGGGCACUCCCGCCGAGCCUCUCACGGAUGUUCUUCGGACAGAUUGUGGCGGGCUUGAUGCACAUUCACUACAGCGGUUUCAUUUAUCGAGAUCUCAAGCCUAGCAAUGUGAUGGUCCUCAUUGAUGGGAAAAUAAAACUGAUCGAUUUCGAGACGAGCAGAAUCUGUCGAGGGCAUUUCCCGAAUACUCGAAUAACGAACUUUUUCAAAAACACAUCGUUGGAGUUCGAUGACGGUGAAAAAGCCGGAACUCCACCGUUUAUGGCACCCGAGGUCAUCGACCAACAGGCUUACGGUCGCGCGGCCGAUUGGUGGUCCGUAGGAAUCGUGCUAUUCAAGAUGCACGCUGGCACGCUGCCCUUUCGAGCUGACGACGAGGCCGAACUCAAGAGACUCAUCACCACGAGGCCGGUCACAUUUCCCAAACUCUCCCGGGGAGUCAAAAUGUGCAAAGACGAAUCUCUGUGGAGUGAGACCAACUUGCUCACGGGGAUGAUUUACGGCCUGCUCGAGAAAGAUCCAGCCAAACGCUUGGGAUCAUCUGACUACGAGGCGAUCCUCACAAGCCCCUUCCUGGUGGGUGUGAAAUGGGACACCCCGAACAGUUCUCACUUGAUGAUCACAAAAAUCUUCAAGCAAAGAGCGUCACGCAAUGAGCAAGGCGAAUUCUCGGUUCAAUGCUCAAAAAAAUUGAAGAAACAAAAUUUGGUGGGACUCUCAUCUCUGAAAGAGAAAACAAAUAUAAUGCUGCCGCUGAGUACGUACGUCUCGAAGUUUCUCCGGAAAGUCAUCGAGAAACCGGCGUCGGCCGGUCAAUGGGAAGGCUGCAAGACGGGACUGUUGAAAGAAUUCGUGGAUUCACAGAGGAGUUUCGCCGAGGUGGUGGGUUCGGAAACAACGGACGAAAUGGAGAAAUUGGAAAUCGCAGUUGCCAAAGGUAUCGGCCUGGCGGCCGUGGCACCGGUCGGAGUCAAAAUCGGUUCAACGCAUGGUGAAGAUGGCCGGACUUAUUAUUUCGUGAGAAAGCUCACCGGGAGCGCUGCGAAUUGCGGCUUGGUCGUGGGCGAUAUCCUGCUGGAAAUAAAUGGAUCUCCUGUGGUUAAUCAGACACGGAUAGAAGUCGAAGGGAAACUCAUGUUUUGCACCGAUAUCGUCUAUAUCACGGUGAUGACGUCGUCGCCGUAUCGCCUGUGCAAAACACGGAAGGACUUCAGCAGCGUCGCGAAUCUCUAUCCCCCGAAAUCGGUCACUCUACCCGUUUUCGAGAAAGGAUUGAUCAAUCGAGUCCUGCCCGCGGAGAAGACGAGGAGAAUCGAGGUGCGACCAUGUGGCUUCUUCAAUGAGGUCAAAAACACUUUUGUUCAAUUGUUCAGCAUUUGGUACGUGGACCCGACCUUCGCGGACGGCAUAUACUUCGGGGAUUUCGUAAUCAAGGUAGAUGGUAGAAACAUCUCCGACAUGUCCGAAAAAGGUGUGAAUAGGGUACUAAAUAAAAACUCCAAGGAGAGGAAGUUGGUUCUCAUACCAAUGUCAAGCCUGCGGCGAGAACGCCCAUACUUUGAUCGACUAUUGCGGAUAUAUGCAAAAGAUCGAGCAACCACCUUCGAGGGAGUAAUGGUAGGGAAACGUGAAGUCAUUCCGACAACAGCUAGCUGA